AUGAACAAAGGGAAAGGAAAGAACAACAAAAUAGGGGUUCCGGAUGUGAAUGGAGAACUGCUAACCAGCCAACGGGACAUAGAGGAGAGAUGGCGUCAGUACGUAGAGGAGUUGUAUGCAAGGGACAAUAAACCAGUCGCUCUGCCCUUGGAAAUGAAAGAUUAUGUCAUGGCGGAUGGCGUUGGACCUCCCUUACUUCCAAAAGAGGUGCGUGCUGCAGUCUGUCAGUUAAAGGAGAAAAGGGCGGCUGGUGAAGACAACAUUACGGCUGAAAUGCUCAAGAAUAUGGGGGAAGCUGGUAUAAUGGCACUGACUGAACUAUGUCAACAAAUAUAUGAACAGGGAAUCUGGCCAGAUGAUUGGACAAGAAGCCAGUUGAUAACUAUUAAGAAGACCACAAAGGCAAUCAGAUGCGAGGAUCACCGCACUAUCAGCCUGGUAUCACAUGCUUCAAAAGUAUUACUAAAGGUACUCUACCAUCGGAUUGAAGCGAGGUCCAGAGAUUAUAUUGGAAUUGACCAAUUUGGCUUUCGAAAAGGGGUCGGUACUUGA